GUCGUGAAAACAUCGCGCAGUACUUUGGAGCGUCAGUGCAUCUUGGGUUACGAGUUUGACCAACAUGGCGACCAGAGCUGAAUCUCACCUUAAACAUGAGGAGGGAACACAUGAACAUGGAGAUCAGGAUUCUCCGCGUACCCACAAGUGCGGCGAGUGUGGCAAGGAGUUUCCUUACCUGAGUUAUCUGAGGCGACACGUGCGGGCUCACACAGGUGAGAAACCUUACCGAUGUGAGGAAUGUAACGAAAGCUUCAGUCUGCUGAGUAAUCUAAAGAGACACAUGCGGAUUCACACCGGUGAGAAACCGUAUCAAUGUGAGAAAUGCGGCAGGUGGUUUGGUACGCUGGCUCGCCUGAUGUCGCAUAUCAGGACCCACACUGGUGAAAAACCCUACACGUGUGAGGAGUGCAACAGGCAGUUCAGUGAUCUGGGUAAUCUGAACAGACAUAUGCGGACUCACACAGGUGAGAAACCGUACAGAUGUGAGGGGUGUAGCAGGCAGUUCAGAACACUGAGUAAUCUGGAAACACACAUGCGGACUCACACUGGGGAGAAGCCAUACAAAUGUGAGGAGUGUUGCCGGCCAUUCAGUAACUUGUCUGAUCUAAAGAGACACAUACGGACUCACACUGGUGAAAAACCUUACAAGUGUAAAGAGUGCAGUAAGCAGUUCGGCAGGCCGGGUCAUCUGAAGAGACACAUGCAGACUCACACUGGGGAGAAGCCCUACAGGUGUGAGGAGUGCAGCCGGUCGUUUAGUACACUGUCAGAUCUGAAGAGACAUAUGCGGACUCACACUGGUGAGAAACCGUACAGAUGUGAGGAGUGCAGCAGUCAAUUCGCCACAAGCAGCAAUUUAAAGAGACACGUGGGAACUCACAGAGCGGAGAAACCGAUUACGAGUUUGACCAACAUGGCGACCGGAGCUGAUUGUUACCUGAAACAACAGGAGGGAGAGAGUGGAACUGGACACCAGGAUUCUCCGCGUACCCACAAGUGCGGCGAGUGUGGCAAGGAGUUUCGCUACCUCAGUCAUCUGAAGAGACACGUGCUAACUCACACGGGCGAGAAACCUUACCAAUGUGAGGAAUGUAACAAAAGCUUCAGUCUGCUGAGUACUCUAAAAAUACACAUGCGGACUCACACGGGUGAGAAACCUUAUCAUUGUGGGGAAUGUAGCAAGUGGUUUGUUAGGCUGGAUGAUCUGAAGAAGCAUAUCAGAACCCACACUGGGGAGAAACCCUACACGUGUGGGGAGUGCAACAGACAGUUCAGUGAGCUGAGUAAUCUAAAGACACACAUACGGACUCACACAGGUGAGAAACCGUACAAAUGUGAGGAAUGCAGUAAGCCGUUCAGCAGGUUGGCCCAUCUAAAGGAGCACAUGAGGACUCAUACCGGUGAGAAACCGUACCGUUGUGAGGAGUGCGGCAGAUGUUUUGUUAAGCUGAGUCAUCUAAAGAGACACACACGGACUCACACUGGUGAGAAACCGUACAGAUGCGAAGAGUGUGGCAGACAAUUCAGGGAGCUGAAUCACCUGAAGAGACACAUAAGGACUCACACGGGCGAAAAUCCCUACAGGUGUGAGGAAUGCAGCAAUGAGUUUAGUCGACUGAGUGAUCUAAAGAGACACAUGCGGACUCACACUGGUGAGAAACCGUACAGAUGUGAGGAGUGUGGUAGGCAGUUCAGUAGGCUAGGUAGUCUGAAGACACACAUGAGGACUCACACUGGUGAAAAACCGUACAGAUGUGAAGUGUGCAACAAGCAGUUUAGUCAGCUGUCUGGUAUGAAGCGUCACAGGCGCACUCACACUGGUGAGAGAAGUUACAAAUGUUCCAACACUGCUGGAAAAUGUAGCAAAAGGUUUUGGCAGUUAAGUUGUCUGAAAGAGGAUUCUCCGCGUACCCACAUGUGUAGCGAGUGUGGCAAGGAGUUUCGCUACAGGAGUAGUCUGAAGGCUCACCUACGGACACACACGGGUGAGAAAACAUUCAGAUGUGAAGAAUGCAGCAAACAGUUUGGCGAGCUGGGUGGUCUGAAGAGGCACAUGCGGACUCACACUGGGGAGAAACCGUUCACGUGUGAAGAGUGCAGCAGACAGUUCAGCAGGCUGCAUCAUCUGAAGGGACACAUACGGACUCAUACCGGUGAGAAACCUUACGGGUGUGAGGAAUGUAGGCAGCAGUUUAGUACACUGUCAUACCUAAAGACACAUAUGCGGACACACACAGGUGAGAAACCGUAUCAAUGUGAGGAAUGUAGCAGCUACUUCAGUACACUGGAUCACUUGAGGAGGCAUAUCAGAACACACACCGGUGAAAAACCGUACACGUGUGAGGAGUGCGGCAGACAGUUCAGUAUUCUGUUCAGUCUGAAGACACACAUGCGGACUCACACUGGUGAGAAACCGUACAGGUGUGAGGAAUGUUGCAUGCAGUUCAGCAGGGUGGAUGAAUUGAAAAGCCACAUGAGAACUCACACGGGUGAGAAACCGUACAAGUGUGAGCUGUGCGGCAUGCAGUUUAGUUGGCUGUCAAAUCUAAAGACACACAUUAGGAUUCAUACGGGUGAGAAACCCUACAGGUGUGAGGAGUGCAGCAAGCAGUUCAGUAACCUGGGUAAUCUAAAGAGACACGUGGGGACACACACUGGUGAGAAACCCUACAGGUGUGAGGAGUGCAGCAAGCAGUUCAGUAACCUGGGUAAUCUAAAGAGACACGUGGGGACACACACUGGUGAGAAACCGUACAGGUGUGAGGAGUGCGGCAGACAGUUUAGUCUGCUGUAUAAUCUAAAGACACACAUGCGGACUCACACGGGUGAGAAACCGUACGUAUGCAAGGAGUGUAACAGAAAGUUUAUUCAGCUGGUAAGUUUAAAGAAGCACAUGUGGACUCACGCAAGAGAAAUUGAACAUGUGUGAAAAUGCAACGAAAACAACUAUUUUAUGUCCCGAUUGCCCUGUAAUCUGUUUCUUAGGACGAGAAGUACAAUGUAUAGUGUAUAAAGGUGAGAGUGCAGUUUUUCUAAUCUGUAAAC